AUGGAGGGUAGCGUUGAAACGACGAAGAAACAAGCGAAAACUCAAACGACGUAUUUUCAGAUACCUCCUCCGGACGUGCUUAAUUUAAAUGAUGGUUCAACGGCUUCGAACUGGCGCGAAUGGAAGUCCGCUUGGAGCAAUUACACGUUGGCAACAAAGCUUGAUAAAGAAGACGAGAUACGUCAAGUAGCUACACUUCUAGCAGUGAUAGGAAAAGAAGCAAAGAAACUAUUUAAGACAUUUGUUUGGGGGUCAGAAGACGAUUUUAUAAAAAUUGAUCUAGUCGUAAAGAAGUUCGAGGAAUACUGUAUUCCGAGACAGAAUGUGAUAUAUGAACGUUUUCGUCUGUUUACGCGUGAUCAAGGGCCCACAGAAACCGUAGACCAAUACAUGAUGGAGUUGCGUAGAAUUUCUGCAAACUGUGAUUUGGAGUCGAUUACACCAGAUCAAAUAUUGCGAGACCGACUUGUUACUGGAAUUAGGGAUGCAGUGGUACGUGAACGAUUACUUCGAGACAAUAAACUUACCUUAGAGAAAGCACUAGACAUUGUGCGAGCUGCUGAGA